AUGUAUAUUCUAUGGACUUGGCCCCUUCUUAUUUCAACUAUUUUCGCUUUUAAUCAUCAAAAUUGUAGUGUUCAUGGUAAAACUGACCCUGGAUGGGAGUUUCUUCAACAUUUGUUUCUAGAGAAUUUUCACCAAGAACAUGAUUUGGGAGCAUCAUUUGCAGUUUACUAUGAAGGGAAACCAGUUGUUGAUCUGUGGGGUGGUUGGUUCAAUGAAUUAAAAAGCAAACCUUAUGACCACGAUACGUUACAAAUUCCUUUUUCAACAACAAAAGGUUUAGUAGCUACAGCUGUUGCAUUAUGUGUUCAAAGAGGUUUACUCAAUUAUUCAUCACCUGUUAGACAAUAUUGGCCAGAAUAUGGACAAUAUGGAAAAGAAAAUACAACAGUUGCUGAUAUUCUUUCACAUCGUGCUGGAUUAUCAUCUGAUAUUAGUCCAUUUGAGCUUGCACUUAAUUGGACAGCGAUUAUUCAUAUACUUGAACAAAGAAAACCAGAAUGGACACCUGGAACAGCUCAUGGAUAUCAUGGUUUAACUUAUGGAUGGUUAACAGGAGAACUUGUACGAAGAGUCGAUCCGAAGAAACGAACUUUUGGACAAUUUAUUCAGGAUGAAAUUACAAAUCCAUUAAAAAUCGAAUUUUAUAUUGGUUUACCAAAAGAAAAAGAAUAUCGUGUGUCACCAUUAUAUUUUGAUUCUAAUGUGAGAAAUAUUAUAGAUGAAAGAACUCUUUUAGAGUUAAGUGUAUUUAAUGAUUAUCGUUAUCAUCAAGCAGAAAUUCCAGGUGUUAAUGGAAUAACAAAUGCUCGAUCUGUUGCAAGACUUUAUGCUUCUUUACUCGGAGACUUAGAUAAUCGACAACAAAAACGAUUGUUGAAUGAAGAUAUUAUGAAGAAAGCAGCAAAAUCAAAUACACCUGAGAAUGAAAUUGAUCUUGUACGAGGUUUUCCUAAUGUAUUUGCGAUGGGAUUUCAAGUUUUUGAUAAAGAUUUAAAGGCAUUUGGAUCAGGAAUAUUUGGCCAUGAAGGAGCUGGUGGAAGCAUUGGUUUUGCUGCUCCUGAAAAAAAACUUGCAUUUGCCUAUAUUGUCAAUAAAUACGGAGUCAAGAAAAAUCGACAAGAAAUAAGUCCUCGAACACAAGAUAUUAUUAAACAUAUUGCAAAAAUAAUUAAUAAGCAUCCUAUUUAUUAA